AAUCAAUUCCAGUUUUUCGGCUAUAUAAGUAGCAUGACUUCUUUGUGAUCUUAGCCAUUUGUUAUUCGUUCGUCGAAUGUGAAGGAUUUCGCGUUAGUGCGACAAAAGUUUGUAAAAAUGAACGUCAAAAUUAUUUUCAUUGUGGCAUUAUUGGUGGCUGUGGCGGCAGCCGGUGUUUCUCGUUCAGCAAAAGAACCAGAAAGUGAAUCCGAAAUUCAAAUAGAGGAGGAAAAACCAGAGGAAAUAGUAGAAGACCAUGAAGAAACAGAAGUAAAACAUAAGCCAGAUUUAAGCGCUCACAAGCCCGAUAAAAUUGCUGUUAUUAAGUCAAAAACUCAAACCUCAGAUAACGAUGGAAAUUACCAAUAUCAAUUCGAGUCAAGCAAUGGAAUUGUAUCGAAUGAAGGUGGUGUAGCCGGUCAAAUUGUUCAAGGCAGCACCACAUGGAUAGCGAAGAAUGGCGAGCCCUUAGCAAUCAGUUUUGUUGCCGAUGAGAAUGGCUAUCGUCCAAUGGGAUAUCAUCUCCCAACAAGUCCUCCAAUCCCAAAAUCAAUUCAACGAGCAUUGGCAUAUCUUGCAACGAAGAAACCGGACAGCAAUGACUACUAAUAAUAAGUAUUUUAGCUUUUUUUUAAAUAAAAAUAAAGACGUUUCAUUGAAAAUGAAUAAAAUAGAAA